CGUGAUCGGGCCAAGAUGGCGUCGCCCAGCUGCCUGUGGCUCCUGGCCGUCGCCCUCCUGCCGGGGUCCGGCGCUGCCCGGGCGCCCUGGCGUCUGGACCCGGCCGCGCCGCUGCCGCUGGUGAUCUGGCAUGGGAUGGGAGACAGCUGUUGUAAUCCCUUAAGCAUGGGAGCUAUUAAAAAAAUGGUUGAGGAGAAAAUACCUGGAAUUUACGUCUUAUCUUUAGAGAUUGGGAAGACCCUGAUGGAGGAUGUGGAGAACAGCUUCUUCUUGAAUGUCAAUUCCCAAGUAACAACUGUGUGUCAGAUUCUUGCUAAGGAUCCUAAAUUGCAUCAAGGCUACAAUGCUAUGGGAUUCUCUCAGGGAGGCCAAUUUCUGAGGGCAGUGGCUCAGAGAUGCCCAUCACCUCCCAUGAUCAAUCUAAUCUCGAUUGGGGGACAACAUCAAGGUGUUUAUGGACUCCCUCGGUGCCCAGGGGAGAGCUCUCACAUCUGUGACUUGAUCAGAAAAACACUGAAUGCUGGGGCUUACAACAAAGCUAUUCAAGAACGCCUGGUGCAAGCAGAGUACUGGCACGACCCCAUAAAGGAGGACACGUACCGCAACCACAGCAUCUUCCUGGCCGAUAUUAAUCAGGAGCGGGGCGUCAAUGAGUCCUACAAGAGAAACCUGAUGGCCUUGAAGAAGUUUGUGAUGGUGAAAUUUCUCAACGAUUCCAUUGUGGAUCCUGUGGACUCUGAGUGGUUUGGAUUCUACAGAAGUGGCCAAGCCAAGGAAACCAUUCCCUUGCAGGAGACCGCUCUGUACACACAGGACCGCCUGGGGCUAAAGGAAAUGGAUAAUGCAGGACAGCUAGUGUUCCUGGCUGUAGAAGGGGACCAUCUUCAACUGUCUCAGGAAUGGUUUUAUGCCCACAUCAUACCCUUCCUUGAGUAAAACCCUUAUAGUCUACACCAGAGCUCAGGGAGCCCCGAGCGCUUCUAAACCAGUAGGAGACCAUUCCCCUCAUGCCUAAGCCUGAGCUCCCAUCCAGCUUGCAACUAAUCCUUCCCUCUAGUUAUCACCUAACAUGCCCUGCUCAGAAAGAUCUAAGAUUCAGAUCUUAUCCUUUGCUUCAUCCUAUUAGCAUAUGGUGUUGAAUGCAAGUUUAAUUAGUUAAUAACCAUGCAUGGAGAUUAUUUUACAACCCCUUGAUGUGGUCAGGCUGUCUUAGGAAAACCGAGUCCGCUGCAGAUCAGUGUCAGAACUGUGCCCAGAUGAGGCUGAAACAGUUAGAGUCUAGGGGCAGACACCUUUUCCAGGAAAGCCUUGCCACAUUUCAAACCCAAGAGGCGGCCAGUAUCCAGGGUUGUGACCAUAAAUGCUUUCUCGGUUUUGCUGGUAGAGAUAGAACCAGUGCUUGUGAAAGUAUUGCUUAGAGAGUGUUUCUGCAGUAUUUGACGUUGCCCUUUGCACAAUAUGUGGUCUUCUGUGGUGUGCAGCGUUUGGCCCGUCCUGCUGGGCCAUCAUCUUUGUCUCAGCAGCACUCUUUUGGUCUCUUCAGGUAGUGAUGACUUAGUUGCUCUGUCACAAAAGAGGGGAAGUAGUGCCCAAUUGGAUUACUUAAAGUAGGGGCACAGGGGUGGGGGGUACAUCUUGCUUAACUUAGGGGAGUGAAGAAAAAUGUACAACUGUAUGUCAGCUAUACUUCAGUUGAGCAAGCAGAAAUGGAAAGUGAGGACGCAGCUGGUCCCUUUCACUCCAUCCUUGAUUAACCUGUCCCCUUCUCAGUGUGGCCAGUGGUCUGCAUUCUAGAAUCACUCCGCUGCUGGUUUUAGCAGAUGAUGGGAAGAAAUCAGGCUUUCUAACUCCCAUCUCCAAAGACUGUAUUUAUAGUACACUCUAAACUACUUCUGAUGUAUUUAAUGAAAAAAAAAAAAGAUUAUUUGUUCAAAAAGCUUCGGAGUAUUGCACAUUCCUUUUCUCCUAUUGGAGAUCAGUUCACAUUAGGAUACUAAAGAUUGAGAAUUCCAGUUACAAUAAA